AUGGUAUUUUACGGGAGGCUUGGACAACAUGAACUUUGUGGAGUUUGUAAGAAAGGUGGAGACUUAGUGCUGUGUGAUGGAUGCCCUACGUCAUUCCAUAAAGAAUGUGUAUAUGACACAAGUGCCCCUCAAGAAAAGUGGUUAUGCAUAUAUUGUAGAAACUCUAUGGAAUGUGUGGUUCAACAUCUAGGAUUUGAUACAAUUGAGCAGAUUGCAAAACGUGCCUAUGAUUUCAACACAGUCGGCUUCAGUGAUAAGAUUGUUCUUGUUUGUGAUAAGUUAGAUUUUUUCCCAAAGCCAUUUUCCAUACCUUGUGAGAGGGAAUAUCAUAUUGGCUAUUUGAGGGAACAUAAGAAGAUUGAUCUGAAGGAGUUGCCAUUUGGCAAUUGA